AAGCAAGCAAGCAAGCAAGCAAGCAGGAACGCCAAGUAGCAGCGCGCCCGGAGCCAGAGGGAAGAGACGGGGCGAGGAAAAGGAGCAGCAGACCAAGGGGGAGCUGCUUUCCCACCCGGACCAGGCUGCCGGGGCGACGGUGGGGCUUUGUUGCCCGAAGGUCUCCCAAGACUCUGCACCAGCUCACGGGAGCCAGCCAAAGCGGCGACCACCCCCAAAAAGCUGCUGCCAAACAUGGAUGAAGGGAUCUCUCCUUUGCCCGAAAGGCAGUUAUUGGAGCAUCGGGAAUUCAUAGGGUCAGAUGACAGGGACUUCUGCAUCAUUGUUGUCAUUUUAAUUUAGGAGAAAAACCCCGGUUUUUCUUAUUAUUAUUUUCCUUUCUGCAAAAGGAAAGGGGAGAUAAAGAGAUGGGUUAACUCUGGUUCUUUGGCUGGGCAGCCUUAAGCAUGCACGUGCCCCCCUCCAUCCCUUUUUUUUAUAAAAAAAAUAAUAUAUUAAAGAUUUUCUUGGUUUACAAAAGUACAUGAAUUGUCUCUUUUUCAGGUUAUAGUGUAUUUUCUACAGAUCAGUUACAUUUGAUGUGAGACAUUAGUUUUGUAUGCACCACUUUUGGGAGAUUUCUUGCAAAGUAGUAGCUAAUGAGACCACUAUGCAUGUUAAAGUCAAUGGGUCUCUCUUUCACUUUUCUGUUCCUGCAGACUGGGUUAUCCAUCCUUGUAUAUGUGCAAGCCCAAGAGAGGUAUGAAGAGGGACGAGAGCAAGGUAAGAGAAUAAGCUUUUCUGAUGCUCUCCAGCACCUGCACAAUACUUAGCAGGGGCUUGUGAUAAAUGGGAGCCCAACUUUAUGCAGAAGUUCUCUUCUUUUCCUCAUACACUUCCUUUCUGUUAUCUGUAGUGGGCAGUUUUGUUUUAGUUAUGUUGACAAAGAACAGUUCUGGAGGGAGAGGGGAGAUGCCUAAGCCAGUAGAUACUCUUGAAAUGGGAAAGAAGGGUAGGUGGCAAGACAGUUGUUUAGGUACUGGUUGGCAUUAUAGUGAAACAAGUGUUUGUCCUUUUUCUUCCUGAAUAGGAAACAUACAAACUGCCACAUAGAUUGAUAGAGAAGAAAAGAAGAGACCGGAUUAAUGAGUGUAUUGCUCAGUUGAAAGAUUUAUUGCCUGAGCAUCUGAAACUGACAGUAAGUCCGUGUGUAUAUGCUUGCCUGUACAUCUAUCUAGGUAUUUUUGCAACACCAUAAACUCUUAGUGAAGUGUUUACUACUCAGGCUGUAAUCCUAUGCACACUUACUUCAGUGUAAGCUCAUUUGGCACAGUGGGACUUACUUCAGAUUUAGCCUGGAUAUGGUUGCACUGUAAAAGAUGCACAUAUUAGGAAAAAGUGUGGUUAUUUUUGUUGACUUAGAACUAAGUCACUGAGUUCAGCAGUGCUUUACCCGCACUUAUUAUUAUUAUUAUUAUUAUUAUUAUUAUUAUUAUACCGCCCUAUACCCAGAGGUCUCAGGGUGGUUCCCAUAAAACUUUCUAGAGUACAUCCUUUAAAACUGGGUUGAAUUAAAUGUGAUUUUUAGGAUUGCAAGACAUCCAGAAGUCUAAUAUAAAUUCCUUAUAUGACAGCAUUUCUGUAGAACCACCAUUAGCCUUAUUUGUGAAGUUUCAAAAUGGGUGUGAUUUAUCAGUAUUUAUCACCAAUUCGAGCAAGGGCAGUAAUAAAACAAGAUUUCUUCCAAAGUGAGCUUAGUGAAGUUUUAGAAAAUAGAAUUUUGUUUGAUUGUGUGUCCCUUUCCCUCCCUUUGCAGACACUAGGGCAUCUGGAGAAAGCUGUAGUUUUGGAAUUAACUUUGAAACACUUAAAAGCUUUAACAGCCUUAACAGAGCAGCAGCAUCAGAAGAUAAUUGCUUUACAGAAUGGUAAGUAAAUGCCCAGUGCAGAAGCACAAUAUAGAACAUUGUGUAUCUCUAUCUCUAGCUCUCUCAAAGAUUAUGAAGGACACAUCUGGUUACUGACAAAGUCUUAGCAGUUGGUGAACUGUUAGCUAACUCCACAGUUAAGUUGCCAAAUUGAAAUCUAUAGAACUGCUUCAGAGUCAGUGACCUGUACGGUCAUGUUUACUUAAACUUUAGUCCCCUUAAAUUUAGUGGGCCUUAACUCCUAUGUAAAUGUGAAAAGGACUGCAGCUGUGCAGUCUAACCAUAUCUACCGUAUAUACAUAUAUAUCCUUGCAUUGCAGAGGGUUGGACUAGAUGACCCUUGGGGUCCCUUCCAACUCUACAAUUCUAUUAUUUACUUGGAAAUAGGUCCCAUUUUGUUUGAGGCUUACUCCCAAAUAAGUAAGUCUAGUAUUACAGCCUUAACAUGUUAUCUCUUGAGAUACCUUAACCUUUUCCAACUGAUUUCAUAAAUCAUAGUCCUAGAUUGAUAACUUUGCACUAGAAGAUUAGUACAUUUAACACAAAGCAAUUACAUUAUAGAGGAAUUUUGUUAAUAAAACAGUCAGAUUCUGUGUAACACUAGAUCUAAUGCAAGUAGUAUUACUAAUGCCUGUUAUUUUGCAUCCCUUCCUCCCUCUCCCCCCCCCCCUUUGUAGGGGAGAGAUCUUUGAAGUCUCCUCUGCAAUCUGACUUGGAUGCUUUCCAUUCAGGAUUCCAGACAUGCACCAAAGAAGUCAUGCAGUACCUCUCCAGAUUUGAAAAUUGGACUCCAAGAGAGCAGAGAUGUGCCCAGCUCAUCAACCACCUGCACUCUGUUUGCACACGAUUCCUCCCCAGCCCCCAGCUCCUGACUCCAAAGAUUUGUGCAGGCAAAGGACCCUGCCCCACCUCCUCCGCCUCUUCCUGUGUGCAGCGAGAUCACACUGGCCCAAAGCUGGAGAGCCAGCCAAAUUGUGUGCCAGUCAUUCAGAGGACUCAGAAUGCAAGUAGCAAGCAUAAAUUCAGCCACCAUCCAAUGGGUCAUGUGGAGCUUGGUGGGGAGAAUGACACAGAUACAGAUAGUGGCUAUGGUGGUGAGUGCGAGGGAAGACCGGAAGGGGACAAAAGGCAAGGCAACCUGAUGAUCAAGCAGGAGCCCUCUGGGGAUGAAGCACCUCCAGCAGCUAAAAGGCUGAAGAUGGAUUGCAGCAGCACCUCUUCGGCAGUGUUGAGCCCAGACCAAGCAGCAGCUGGUUCAGCCCUUCUCAGCUCCCUGGUGGCUUUUGGAGGUCUGGGGGGAGGAGGAUCUCCCUUUGCCCAUCAACCUGCUGCUCCCUUCUGCCUGCCUCUCUGCUUCAUCUCCCCCUCAGCAGCAGCUGCCUACAUGCAGCCCUUCCUGGACAAGAGCAACCUGGAUAAAUACUUUUACCCAGCAGCAGCAGUCACUGCUGCUGCUGCUACUCCAAUUCCUUGGAUCUACCCAGGGAUUCCAGCUCAGGCUGCAGCUGCUGCUGCGGCUGCGGCCUUCCCCUGUUUCUCCUCAGUAUUGGUACCAGGAGAGAAAACCAGCUUGGCCUCAGCAACGUCUACCGAUGUGGCUUCUUCUGGCCAGCACCUCCCCCAUCCAUUUACCUGCAACCCAGGUGGGCUCCAUGGGGACAUGGACCUCCCUUCCCAAGAGGAGCAUUUGCAGUCUGCAGAGGAAAAUCCUUGAGUGAUGCUACAUCAUUUCUAAAGGAAACCACACAGUUCAUGCCUCCUACUUGACAGGAAGGAUCCAUCACUCCCAAGAAGGAGAAGCAACCCUCACCCUGUUUCUUUGUGUGUUUAAGGGAAAGCUUACUAGGCUGACAGUUUAUUCUUUUUCUUUUAUUAAAAGAUUAGGUUCUCCCUCUCCCACAAAUAUUUUUGGAGAGCUCCUUGUCCCCCCCCCCAAUGCUGUGUGUGUGUUUAAAAUUUUCUUUACACAAAUGUUGUAAUGUUGCGGAAUUCCACCCCCCAGUUGAACUGAAACAAAAGCAAAUGGAAAAGACUCCCUUAGGGGUGGGGGAAAUGGCUCUUUCUUCGUAAGAGAAGUUUGCUUAACAAUUCAGAAGGCCUAAAGAAAAGGGCAGGGGCUGCAGCAUCUGGAACUGGGGAGUCAGGAUGCAAGAUAUACUGUAUACUGUACCAGACCAUACCAUAACUGCAGGCACUUUAAUAAUGAUUAUGUAUAGACUGUAAUGGAACUUACUCAAGUGGGCAUAACUCAGCAGGAAGCUUUGCACAAGCCCCAGUGAAAUAAGCAGGAACUACUUUAAAGUGCUCUUGAAUUUUAGUGGGGUUUGCAAAGGAAAGUUCCAUAGUAGAUUGUGCUCCUGGCAGGGCAAGCUUCAGCAUAAAAUGCUUCCUGGUCCAGAAAUCCAGGAAUCGGUUUCCUGGUAGUAACCAAGUCAACAAACAGGCAAACUGCUUACUUAAGAACGGCCCAACUGAAGCCUGUGUCACUACUCUGGAUGAGAGGAAGUUGUCUUGAGAAUGGUAGCCUAAGAAUUACAGAGAAUUUGCUUCUCUAUUACUGACUUCUUAAUUGGUGGCUCCAUACAAGAAUCAUUGGGCAGAAGCCAGUAAAAUUUAAGUGCAAUGCAACUGCAUUGAAAUCACUGGAGUUGCCAUCUGAUUCUGCCAAAUAGCAACUUUAUUUUACCUUUAUUCAGAGCUUAGGAACCAUUUAUUUCAAUGGGCUAUAUUUUACCUUUGCCACAUGCAAUGCUUGGAGGAGUUUGGUUAGUUAGUUAGGAGUUUGUGGAAGUGGGGUUUGGGAGAAAAAAUGAAGGUAAGCUAGCACUUUAUUGAGAAACAGAUCAUGAACAGACCUUGUUCAUGCAUUUUUAUUGUCUUGCAUUUUUAGAGCUACCCCUGGCAUUUGCUCAAGGGACAGAAGAACUGUCCCAUUAUGUAGUUUCUUAUUUGCUAAAGCAAGUGCAUUUUUCUACAUCUUAAUGCUUAGUUUUGCUGUGUUCCUGAUAUUAAAUUACCUUGUUGUAUGUGAAGGAACAUCACUGCACUGGACUAACAAGAAAAAAGACACCCCACACCAUUAACAGUACAAUCCUAUUUACUCAGAAAUAAGUCUCGCUGUCUUCAGUGGGGCCUACUCCCAGGUAAGUGUGCAUAGGAAUGCAGCACAAUCUAGCCUUAGAUUGUAUCCUGAAGGAAGAAAUAAGUUUACUGUCCUGAUCUUGUGCCUUUAACCAUGGCCUAAACACAAAAGCCCCAAGCAAGCAGUCCCAGAGAGGAGUAUGCCUUCUCAUAAGCAGUAAAAGACACAGCCAGUCCAUACAGUGGUCCCAGAAGACCAUCAUGCUGUGAAUAAGAACAGCGAAAUCGGAAUCUCCAGCAGUUCAGUGUGUGGUUCUUCCUUGGUAGAUUGGGGUGAAAGAAAGUGCUGCUUUUCCUGGCAUGGAGAUAAACGCUAACUGCAAAGCUUCACUUGCAUAAUAUAUGUGCAUGAGGCCACCGUUGAAAGGCACAGCCACUAACAUAAGCUAAAAGAGGUUACAAAUCAUAAUUAACAAUGGUGUGUUGGUAACUGGGUAAAAGUGGGAUAAGGUUUCCUUGCAAGGUUUUUCUGUCUCCAGAUAUCCCAAUUUCCCUUUCUGGAGACUGUUGCCAGACACCAGAUAAUCACACAGCUAAAGCUUUGUUAAUAAGGUUUAAGCCAAGAACCUUGCCUAGAUAUUUUUAGUUUGUUGCCAAGGUAGCACUGUGAGAAACCUCACUUGAAUGUUAUGUAAGAGGUGAGACACAACAGUCUGACUAUGAGUGAAUAUGCCUGGGUCUGUUAGUCAUUUUGAGUGAAUUUGCUGCUAUUGCUGUUGCUACUGUUUGCCUCAAACACUGUUUUUAAACAAUGUUGGUCCUUUUUUCUUUUCUUUUUUUAAAUCUUACUAGCCUACAGAGUGUCUGUAUGUAAAUAGUUAAUACAUUCAAUUAAUGAUGUCCGACAUGCUAUUUUUGUAGGAAGAAGAUUGAGUAAUGAUAAUUGAGUUUAAAAAUAUCCCUUUUGAUGAGGAAUUGCUGAAAAACAAAGUUGCACUUUUGUUACAAUGCUUAAUGCUUGGUACAAGCUUAUGCUGUCUUAAAUUAUUUUAAAAAUAAAAUAAAUACUGUCUGCAAGAAACCAGCUGUUUAAAGAACAGUAUGAGAGAUAAUAGGAAUCAAUCUUUAUAUUCAUUAUUUUCCAGCACUCCAUGAAUUCUACUAUAAAAAAUAUUUCCACAAUAUUUUGUGAUUUAAACAAAAAAGUAUUCUUACUAAAGAAUAAAUUUUUU